UUUUAAUUCAGAAAAUUUAAUGUUCAAAAUUAUUUAAUGUUUUGAUGUCAUUGUUAUUUCUACUAACUGUAGAAUACAUUUGAUUUAGGAGCAAGAAUAACCUCUUCUUUCCGAUAGAAAAUAAACUUGUUCAGUCGCAUUCAACAAGAGACAAAAUUGAAUGAACUUAUGCUAAAUUUUUAAUAAUUCAAAUAACAAUUUCGUGCAAUUUGUAACUGUUUGAUGUCAUAUUCAUCAAUGUAAAGUUUGAAAUAUUCAUCCAGUAUGACUGCAGAUAUUUCAAGUAAUUCAUGCCGAUUGUGUUUGGCCGAGGAUGAUGUGUUGUGGCCUUUAUUUGACGGUGUGGAGAACAAUUUGGCUCAGAAAGUGCAUUCUUGCACCUCGAUUUCGAUUUCUAAUGUUGAAGGAGUACCAUCAGCAAUAUGCGAAAUUUGUAAAUCUAAGCUCAUCAUUUGUGAUCAGUUCAUAAGGCAAUGCAUCAAAACGGACCAAAAAAUUAGAACUGCUUUCGCUAAACAGUUCAGCGUAAAUUCGACAACGUGUGCGUCUAUUCCAGGAACAUCCUUAUUGGAAAUUGAACUUAUUCCUUCUGUAGAACAUGGCAUGAAAAAAGCCCAAACAGAACAAUCUACGUAUUUGAUAGAGAUUGCCGAAAAACUGAACAAUCCUUCUGAUAUACAAGAAACAGUUAUAGAAUGUGUAGAAAAUGAACAAGGCCUAUCAGUUAUAGAACCGGAAUCGAUAAGUUUUCAUGAAACUGAGCAGAAUCUUCCUGCUAAAGAUGGAAGUCAGGAUUCAAAAAUUAAUCCAAAACCUUUCAAGGAUGCCGUUAAAUCGAAAAAUAAAUCUAAAUCCAAGCCUGGUAUCUGUAAAAUUUGUAACACAAAACAGUUGAACAUGAAGCAACAUAUGACGGUACAUUCGGGAGAAAGAAAGCAUGUUUGCCCGUAUUGUCAGAAAGCAUUCGCUCAGAUGGGUAACUUUAAGUGUCAUCUCAACAUUCACACCGGAUAUAAACCUUAUCAGUGCAGCGACUGUGAUAAAGCCUUUGGCGAUCCGACUGCACUGAAACUUCACAAGAUAAACCACGAUCCAGACAGUACGAAAUUCGUUUGCGAAAUUUGCGAAGCGUCCUUCAAAUAUCGACAUUCGCUUCAAUCUCACAUACGCAGUCAUAACAACGACCGGAGGCAUGUAUGCGGCUAUUGCGAAAAGGCUUUCAUCACCAGUUCCGCCCUGAAAAAGCACAACCGAACGCACACCGGGGAACGACCGUACCAGUGUGACCAGUGUCCCAAGUCAUUCGCUUCUUCCGGAAAUCUGCUGGCGCACAAAAUCACCCACGCGCCAAACCGCCAAUACCAGUGCCACGCUUGUGAUGCCGCAUUCGCCUACAAGACUGUGCUUCAGCAUCAUCUUAAAGUUCACGAACAACAACAAUAGACCGAAAUACAUACCUAUACAUAUUGCCCGGAAAAAGUAAAAACUCAAAGGACCCGAUGCGGCAGAAUAAUUUUUUUAGAACCCAGUGUUUGUGUGCUGCUGUUAGUGAUAAUGAUGUAACAAAUUAGCUAGAAAAUAAAUAAAAUGUUUUAACAUCAAUAAUCUUGAGUUAUUCUCAUCAAACAUGACAUUUUCUGUUUCUAUAAGACCCUCUUAUGAAAAGCGAAAACCUCUCAACGAAGUAGGCGUUCAUCUGAAGAAUUCAUUCGCGUCAUAAGACAAUCUUAUAAAUUUCAAUGAUUUUUCUUAUGGCGCCAGUUUAUAAGAAAAUCUUAUGGCAAACUUAUUUUUCUGAGUGUAACUAUCAUGUCAAUGGCGAUCGAGAUUCGAUUUCGCGAGCACAGUUUGGAGGCCCAUGUACCAAACACACUUAAACCGAAUGGAAGCUGUUCAGAAGCGUUUCGUCAAAUUUGCAGUGAGGAAUCUUGCCUGGGGAGAGAGUCUACCGGA